AUGCGCCGCCCGCCGCCGCCGCUGUUGUUGAUGACGGCGCUGCUGCUGGGGGCGGCAGCCGCGGCCGCUUCCGCCCCCGGGCCGGGGGCGGCGCAGGCGCAGGAGAGCGCGCGCGGUGGACCGCUGAGCGUGCUGUCCGCGCUGGUGGAGUACUUCAAGACGGGGCUGCGCGUCGUCGUGGGCGCCGCCGUGGGGGCGCGGUGGCAGGUGCUGCGCGCCACCGCGCCCACGCAAGACGCCGCCGACCAGCUGGAGUCCAUGCUCAACGAGCUCGAGGAGGACGGCGCCGCCGCCAUCUGGGCAGACGUCGCCUCCAACAGGUCGGCGGACUUCGCAGUCUCUCCGGACAUCCUUGAGGAUGUCAAGGACUUCCUGGAGGAGCACGCCAUCCCUCACACUGUCAUGAUUCCCGACCUGCAGAAGGCGAUCAUGGCGCAGAACCCUCGCCUGUCCAAGCAGCAGCGGAAGGAGCUGCGCACCAUCCAAGGACAUGACUUCACGUUCCGACGUUACCACAGAUACGCAGACAUCUUGCGCUACCUGAGUUACCUGAGCUCCGCGUACCCCAGCCUGGUGGAGGUGCUCACCAUCGGCCACUCGUGGGAAGGCCUGCCCCUGAAGCUGGCCCGCGUCUCCACCGGCGGAACCAUCAGCAAGGACGGGCGGCCCAAGCCAGCCGUCUGGAUAGACGCAGGCGCCCACGGCCGUGAGUGGGUGUCUCCCGCGGUGGCGCUGUUCGUGCUGCGCCAGCUGGUGGAGAACUACCAGGUGAACCGGCGCGUCGUCGACGCCGCGGAGUGGUUCGUGCUGCCCGUGGCCAACCCGGACGGCUACGAGUACAGCCACACUACCGACCGCCUGUGGCGCAAGACCCGCUCCACGCACACCUCGGCCGCCGCCAGGUACAACCGCACGGCCACUUCGACCGGCUUUCUGUGGCUGUGGCGGCAGUGCGCGGGGGCGGACCUGAACCGCAACUGGGGCUUCCACUGGGGCGGCGCGGGCGCGUCUCGCGACCCCUGCUCGGAGCGGUUCGCGGGCCCGCGCGCCUUCAGCGAGCCCGAGGCGCGCGCCGCCGCAGACUUCGUGACGGACCGCGCGGGCCGCGUGCGCCUCUUCCUGUCGCUGCACGCCUACUCGCAGGCGUGGCUGGCGCCCUGGGGCCACUCGCGCCGCCCGCCGCCCGACGCGCAGGACCUCAUGGACGUCGCCCGGCUCGCCGUGGAGGCCGCCGCCCGCGUCACGGGCCAGCCCUACCGCAUGGGCCACGCCAGGGACCUCGCCGCGCCCAGAGCCGGUUGUUCGGAGGACUGGGCCAAAGGUGUGGCGGGCAUCAAGUACGCCUACGCCGUGGAGCUGAGGGACCGGGCCGACUUCGGCUUCCUGCUGCCCGCCUCGCAGAUCAUCCCCACGGGCCGAGAGACCUUCGCCGCCAUCAAGGCCGCCGUGAGGGCGGUCAUCGCCAGGAUAUAGCCUCGCCCCGUUGGCUCCGUCCAAAGAGGGGCAUAGUCGCGUGGGAACAGAGGCUGGUUCGAACCUCAAAUGGGUGUUGUCACAUUGGUAACAAAGCCUGCCCGACACGCGUAAGGAGAACUCAGUCCCUCUACCAACGUCUUCCUAACUCUGUUUUGAACUGAAUGGAAAGUAUGUGGCGUACAGCUGUGUCGAUUUUGCUGUGCUUCAAAGCACUGACUAGACGAUACUUACAAGACAGCUAUUAGGACGGUAUGACGUGUAAAUUAAGAUGAUGCAGAGUUUGAAACGCAAAUGAGGGGAAAACGUAGACGAUACUAAAUAAUAUGCUCUUUCAAACGGUGAAUAGUCUGCCAAUGUCUCUAUUCCGUCGCUUCUCUUCCAGACGAGUAUAACAGUGAAACUAGUCUUCUAGAUAUUUUUUCCAGACUCAGUCAGGGCUUACACAACAAAAGCGUCUCUUCGGGAUAAGCGCUGUCCAUGUCUGGGAGCUGACACUUAGAUUCAAUACACCAAAUUUCCAUACGUCAUUAUCAAUACCCCCUUAACAAUAACUACAUUUCCAGGACUUCAAAACGCUGCCUCGUACAAAAAACUUUUUCAUUAGCAGUAAGUAACAUUUUAUUUCUAAACAACAUUCAUCUGUAAUAACGUCACGACAUUUCAACAUAACCAAUGUUUAUAACCUUCUUAGGAUUUGAAUUGCUCAAUAAUUUGUAACAGAAUGUUUCUAAUAGCAUCGGGUGGAUUAAAUAUAUUACACAAUAUGAAGGCGUGAAAAUUACGCGGAUAAUAGUCCAAAUUUAUCAGGACAGAGUCUUACGUGUCAACAAACCUAUGCAGGAGAAUGUGAUCACUGCUAUGCUGAUCUCUGACAGUGAAUUUAAUUGCUGUGAAACUCGUUGACCAUUUACCUCAAACAGAAAUAGUUGACCUACGAUUGUUAUUUCCUUACCUCCAUUUCAAGCUAUCUGCAUCAAAGAAAGUGUGAAUUCAAAACUCGUCAUAAUACAAGUAUCUCUGAUAACAAGCGUGGCUCUAGAAAAUGACCCGAAUGCGUGGUUAUUCAACAACAAACAAACAGUCAGUAUUCAGCAGUACUGAAGAAAAACAAUGCCAAAUGUAUAUUUCUCCAACUAAGUUUUAAUUUGUCCAUUGUUAGGUGCAUGCUCUUGAGUUUGGCACGUGAAACAAAAAAUCGACACUAUCUUGUAACAUAAAGGUAGCAAAUUCCUAUCCCAGCCUUCAUAACCAUUAGAGCGACAUUUUAUAUUAAAAAAUAACAGUUUUCGAUGAAUUUUCAUUUCAGUCUCAAGAAUGCAGAACUGUGUAGAUUAGCUUGAUUCACGUGAAUGAAAUGCCAAAAAACAAUUAAAUCGGAUCAUUCGAGUGAAAAUGCAAAAUUGUCACGACACGACCAAAUAUUAUGUUAGAUAUAGAGGUGACUUGCUAUGUAAUGGCUGUAACAGCUACUGAAAUACUAGUUUAUGCAGCUUUUUAGCCAAUGUGGAGACGUCUGAGACAGUAUUUUGAAGUGAGCUGAUUUUUCAUAGGAAUGGAGUUUAUCACUCGUGUUACAGUCAGAUUUUUCUGAAAAAGUAAAAGAACCUGUCUUUUGUGCCCAAGGCAGCUGAAUGAGCUGUGUUUAAACAUGUACUCGUAUUGUACUGUACAGUACGACAGGUCAGUAAUUUGUGAUCAAAGAGACACUCUUCUCACAUGA